AUGGUUGUCAGACAGCCUUCCAGCCGAACGGAGUACUUCCGGCUCGAUCAGCAUGACUCCUUGCUUCCAGAAAUACGGCCAGAGGGAAUGCAGUUGAAGAAGGAUCCAAGAAGUGAAACGAAUGUGGAAGGGAAGGCCCGAGAAGUGACGGAGCACUCGGUCGAGUUGCUCGAGAAACUGAAUGAGCUGAGUCAGCUCCAGCACUCCAUGGAGACUGAGCUUUCACCCUGCACUCCGCGGAUGCGAGGGCUGGAUGUGCUUAACAACACCUUCAACGAAUCCGAUCGCUGUGCUGGCAAGGCACUGGAAGCCCAAUGUUUUGCAGCUGCAGUCGCAGCAGCUAGAGCUGCCACACACUCUUUGACCCAGCCAGUUGAUAAAGCAAUGUCUGAAUCCCACGGGAGUGGCUUCACUGGUGGUGGCCCACUGCCGCCACUGGGCCUCCAAGCAAACUGUCACGACUGGAGCAACCCAAAUCAAGACCACUCAACCCGAGUGGCCCGAGCUCAUGCGAUCCCAAACCGUACACCAGACAAAAGUUUUGAGGUCACGCUCGGGUUCCUCACGCCUGAUGUUUCGAGAUGUGGAACUCCUUUUCAAACUCCGCGGGCUGAAGCACCUUCCCCUGAGCGGACAACCUCCGAUUUGGUUGCUCCCAGUGCAAGGGUCGGAGCACUCGAAACAAAUCAGAGCCCCAGGAGUGGCCGCUGUUUGUCGCUGUCUGGAAGCCCUGCAGAUGGGUCUCUAUUGGUGAACCAACAUGACGCAGGGCUUGAAGAUCAGAGAGCCUGGCAGGGAUGGCACCUGCAAGCAACGCCUGGUGGUGCCUUCUACUACCAUCACCCUGCAUCAGGGGUUAGUCAAUGGGACGUACCUCGAGAGCUCAUCAAUGUCAUUGGUCAUUGGUGCGAGGUCAGCGAUGGGCAUUUACCUUUCUGGUUCAAUGAAACCCUUGGUGCUUCUUGCUGGAAUGACCCACGUGAGUGCAGAAGUAUUCAUGAGGCGGCGCUGGACGGCAACCUUGUUUACAUCCACUUCUACCUCACUGCUGGGGGCUAUGUUGACGCAACAAAUCCCAAGGGCCGCUCAGCUCUUCAUCACGCCUGCGCGGCCGGGCAGACAGAGGUGAUAGCGCUGCUGUUGUCGCACCAGGCAGAUGUUCACCUUGGUGAUCGUGGCCUUUGCUCGCCAUUGCACUGGGCAUGUCGUUACGGACAUGCUUCAGCAGUCCAGCUUUUGCUACAGGCUAGUGCUGACCCAGAUGCGGGGAAUAUGAUUGGCGACACACCGGCCCACGAGGCUGCUUCACAUGGACAGGUCGAUGCGCUACAGCGACUCCUGUGGGCUGGGGCAAAUGUGUUCGUACAAAAUGCUGAGUCACGCAAGGCAUCCCAAGUGGCAGCAGUCAGGGGCUGGUUCGAGGCACAGACUAUGUUGGAAGAUGCAGAGGAUGAGCGUCCCACUUGGCAACGAGCGGAAGAUGCGAAUGGAGAGGGCCGCAGGACACAAGUUGUGGUAGCUACCUAG